CUACAUCCUACCACGGCUCACCUCUCGUGGUACUCAAUAGCAGCCAGCAUGCACAAUGAGAAGCUAUAGCCGCGCUGGUCAUGCCCUCCUCGGCUACCGAGACCUUACCCAGAAACAGUGGCGGCAGCAGUGCAACCACGUCAAAGGCAAACCCUUCAGCAUCUGCCUCGUCUUCCACAUCUUCCGCACAGCGGCCGCCGACUGGUGAGACACGCAAUGGCGGCGUCCACAAUGAGACCGGAGAUACCUCGGCGUAUCUGCCACCCAACCCUCCGCUGAUACGCGUGCGUCUGAUCAAUAUCGAUCACGUACUCUGCAGACCCGGGCCUCAUGACCGCACAGACUGUGCCUUCUUGCCGCCAGGCGAGUCGCUACGCAAAGUACCGGUCCUCAGGAUCUUCGGUGCAACGCCAGCUGGACAGAGAGUAUGUCUGCACCUCCACGGAGUAUUUCCCUACUGCUAUGUACCAUACGAGGGCAGUCUGGAUCCAGAUCAAGUCCUCUUCUACAUCUCUCGACUUGGAGCAGAGCUCAAUGGCGCCAUCACAGCUUCUCUGCGCGGUAACCCAGCAACACCCGAGAGCCGCCAGCACAUUGCUGCCAUUCAUCUUGUCAAAGGUACGCCCUUCUACGGCUACCAUGUUGGCUGGCGGUACUUUCUGAAGAUAUCUUUCGUCGAUCCGAGUCACAAUUUCCGGCUGGCCACGAUCCUUCAGAGCGGGAGAGUGAUGAGAACCGAAUUUCAGCCCCAUGAAGUUCACAUCAGAUACCAGCUGCAAUUCAUGUUGGACUACAAUGUCUUCGGCUGUGACUACAUAGAUCUUCAAGACGCAUCAUUUCGGUUGCCCGUGCCCGAGGCCAAUGGCAGGGACUAUGAGGGUUGGAGAUGGGAUACGGACACAGUGCCAAAGUCUCUCGUACAACCAGAGGGAGUCCACCGAACCUCCUUCUGCGCAUUAGAGAUCGACUCGGCUGCCAAGUACGUGCUGAAUCGCCGCAACAUUCAUGCCCGACCCAUUCAUCACGACUUUGAUGAGGAUGACCAUGCAGACUUGGGGGCAAAUGAAACGCUCGUGCCAAGUCUGAGCGGUUUGUGGGAAGAAGAGGGCAAAAGAAGGAUCAAGGCCGGCUUGCCUGCCACGCCACCUCCUCCUGACCCUUCCAAAGACCAAAGGGUGCUGGGUGAAGGAGAGGCGCCCCAGUGGAUGGCAGAAGAGCGAUUGAGAGCGCUCCUGGACGCUAGGAUCACAUUAGACCAGAGGGCAGGCGGUAAGAAGAAGCCGAGAGACUUCACAAAGCCUCAUCCUCUCGAUCGUCACAUCGCUACAACAUUCGACAGCGUAGAGAUCUUUCACCGAAAAGCUCACGAGGUGCCAGAUAGCGAGAGCUCGGCAGACUCCAAGGGUCGCAGACCCACACAACCACCGCCAAGCACGCUCUUUGAUCUAGAGCACUUUGUUUCUCAAGGCUCUCAGGCUCGAUCGCAGUCAGACAACAUAAAGGAAGAGCUGGACGCAGAGUUUUUCGGCACUCAGGCCUUUCAGAGUGAUAUUCUCGAAAUGGAGGCGCAGUUGGGUGGUCAAGACUCUGACGACGAAUUUGACGAGGACUUCGAUGGAGCUGAGCAUAACGGUGCGGAUGACACUUCUUCAGAGCCUCGCACACCUCGCAAAGAUCGCAGUUUUCGAUCUUCGACCCCAAGAACACCGGUCACGCCGCAUAGGCAGACGCCUGCGAACGUCAGUAAUGCCAAGUCUGCAUUGCGUACUCCAUCGAAGGCUCUUGCAUCAACGAAUACUGUCCGCUUCCACUCUCCGCUUCGACAAGGAUCCACUUCGCGGCCUCCUUCUCCUGACAGUCCGGCAGACGUUGUCGACGCAUCCUCGCCCCUCUUUCAUAGCAGUCUCCCUACUCAGAGAUCUGGCGGUCUGCCUGCCGCUACGAUGGGGACGUCUGAAUGGUGGCAAGCUCAUCUGACUGCACAAAUGAAAUGGAGGGAGACUGCACAGACACAAGCUGCUCACAGAGUGACGGCAACUCAAAGCAAGGGCGGUAUGACUGGCAAGACGACGAUGGCCACACCUCCCCGCAGCACAGUGCCUGCACUUACCCAAUUGGUGGCGUCUCAGACUUCGACGUCGACGCGCAGCAGCAAUAGUGCGACGGCAAGGUCAGAUAUGCCCGGUCCGUCUGCCGCUUCUGCCGCUCCGCGCUCUGGUCUGUGGACCUACGCCGUACCUGCGCCAACAAAGCUCGAGGUGACUGCCUCCAUGUCUCUCUUCGGGGUCCCUGCCAUCGACUAUCAGGAUCCGUAUUAUAGCAACCCCGUCGAUGUACCGGCCUACUCUCGCGAGUAUGCAGGGAGAAGCUGGCGCUUUGCCUCGAAGACUAUUCGCUACUUACCGGACUUCCCUGUCAUGCAAUGGGCUCAAGACGAGGAGAAGGGGUUUGACGUCACUCCACCGGGAGGCUCAAAGUCUUUGGCUCGCAAUAUGUCCGCUCGUGCCCGCAGGGAGGACAUGGCUUCGCCUUUCAUAUCUCCGCCUAAGCCAUCGGAGGGUCCCAAGUGGUGGCAGUACGGUCCGCCCCCACCAAGCCGCGGCAAGGUGCUGAGCUGGUCACGUACACAACGCCGUAAGCAGCGCAAGCUCGUGAGGGCUCGCCAACGAAGAGCUGCGGCUGCCACGCAGGCGAAAGUCUCACAGCCCUCGGGAGGCUCCUUUGGCUUCAAGCUGAGUCAGCGAAAGCCGGCUCGAAAUGUAGUGCGGGAGAAGCAGCACAUGACUAUCCUAGCACUGGAGGUGCAUGCCAACACCCGCGGGACAUUGCUGCCGGACCCAACAAAAGACCCCAUCGAGGCUAUAGUCUACUCCUUUCAGAAUGAAGACGAGGGCCUCGACGACACAGGGUCGAGACCCGGUCUGAGGACAGGGAUGAUUAUCCUCAGCCCUGAUAUCGCUCGACCAAUCAUCGGCGACCGUCUCGGCCUCUCGCACCUUCCAAUCGUUGUCGUUGAGAGCGAGCUGGAGAUGUUCAACGCUCUGGUCGACUUGGUGCGAGAACUCGAUCCCGAGAUUCUCGUGGGCUUUGAGAUUCACAAUGGAUCCUGGGGCUACGUCAUCGAUCGAGCCAGGCAUACGCUGGAAUUCGACCUUGUCCCAGAGCUGAGCAGGGUGAACAACCAGUCGACGGGCACUGCCGGCGGCAAGGCCGACAAUUGGGGCUGGACGCAGACUUCUGCCCUGAAGAUCACUGGGAGACAUAUCCUGAACAUCUGGCGGCUGAUGAGGGGAGAGCUCAAUCUCAACGUCUACACGUACGAAAACAUCGUCUUUCACCUCUUGCACUCUAGAGUGCCCAAAUUUCCGCACACGGCAAUGACAGAGUGGUACUCCUCUGGCAGACCAUAUCACAUGGGCAAAGUCUUGAAGUAUUGGGUGGAGAGAGUGGAGACCGAUCUAUUGAUCAUUGAGACUUCCGAACUGGUCUUCAGAACAGCCGAAUUCGCUCGCAUCUAUGGCAUCGACUUCUUCUCGGUCAUCUCGAGAGGAUCGCAGUUCAAGGUCGAGUCGGUCAUGUUCCGUAUCGCGAAGCCGGAGUGCUUCCUCUUGCCCUCUCCCAACACCAAGCAAGUGGCUGAGCAGAAUGCUGCCGAGUGUCUGCCACUCAUCAUGGAGCCUCAGUCGGCAUUCUACAAGGGUCCACUGCUCGUGCUGGACUUUCAAUCCCUAUACCCGUCAGUCAUGAUCGCACACAACCUUUGCUACUCGACUUGCCUUGGCAGAGUAAGCAAGUUCCAGGGGACAGACAAAUUCGGUAUAGUCAAUCUCGAGCUGCCCAGUGGGUUGCUCAACCUGCUCAAGGACGAUAUCAACAUCUCCGCGAACGGGCUCGUCUAUGUGAAGCCUCACAUACGUAAGAGCUUGUUGGCAAAGAUGCUGACCGAAAUCUUGGAUACGAGAGUGAUGAUCAAGGGCAGCACCAAGGGAAUGAAGAGCGACAAGGCCUUCAUGCGACUCCAGAAUGCACGCCAGCUCUCUUUGAAGCUGCUGGCCAAUGUCACGUACGGCUACACGUCUGCCACGUUCUCGGGACGCAUGCCCUGUGUUGAGAUUGCAGACUCCAUUGUGCAAACAGGCCGAGAGACACUUGAAAAGGCGAUUGAGCUCAUUCAUGCGACCGGAAAGUGGGGAGCUCAAGUUGUGUAUGGAGAUACUGACUCUCUAUUUAUCUACCUGCCGGAUCGCAGCAAGGACGAUGCAUUCCGCAUUGGCAAUGAGAUUGCAGACGCCGUCACACAUCAGAAUCCCAAACCGAUAAAGCUCAAAUUCGAAAAGGUGUACUUGCCCAGCGUGCUGCUUGCGAAGAAGAGGUACGUCGGCUUCAAAUACGAAGCGUUGGACGAGGAAGUGCCGGAGUUCAAUGCCAAAGGUAUCGAGACGGUCAGGCGAGAUGGAUUCCCUGCCUUGCAGAAGAUGCUCGAGGCAUGCAUCAGGCUCCUCUUCACGACUCAGGAUCUGAGUCUGGUCAAGUCGUAUUGCCAAAAGCAGUGGAGGGCAAUCCUUCAAGGUGCAGUCGCUGCUCAGAACUUCACGAUCGCAAAGGAAGUCAGGCUCGGCAGUUACAGUGAGAAUGGCGUGCCACCUCCCGGCGCAGCCGUCUCGACGCGAAAGAUGCUGAGGGAUAGGCGGAGCGAACCUCAGCAUGCUGAAAGGGUGCCAUACUUCAUCACACAAGGAGAGCCAAAAGCCAAGCUCAACGAUCUCGCAGUCUCUCCUGAUGAGCUGAUCGCGAAUCCUCAGUUGCAGCUCAACGCCCUGUACUAUAUCCAGCGCGGAAUCAUCCCACCUCUGCAGCGCGUCUUCAAUCUGCUCGGAGCCGAUGUCGAAGCCUGGUUCAAGGAGAUGCCCCGUCCAGUCUCGAACUCGAGUCAUGCAUCGGCAACAAACGACAUGCGCCUGACGUUGAUCGACCACUACAAACGCGACGUCUGUUUGAACUGCGCUCGACCUACAGAGCGAGAUUUGUGCCUGGACUGUCGGCAAGAUGCUUCUGCGACGAUGUACUCUGUUCUUGCUGAGCACUCCGCCAGCACAAAGAAGGUGCAGGGCAUCGAAAGUUCCGACAGCACUCAGAGCUACAUCAGCAGACGAAUGGGUCUCAAGGGGCUGGUUUCCAAAUACUUGUGGUUGGGAGAAGGGUCAACUGGAAAUGGUGAUGAAGCCGUCGAGACGAAAUACUCUCAAGGGAUAGGAAACAAUGGUGCCACUGUUACAAGCAAUGGCAGAGGAGCAGCAAGGGACGCUCGCUUGACAGCUGUCACGUUCUACACUCGCCUCUUUGCACUCUUCUCCUUUUUCAUCGCCCUCUGCCUAGCCAUCGCUCUUACAGUGUUCCAGGAGAAGUGGGUUGGCAAGCCCUCUGGUCUCUCUGGCUUUCUCCUCUUCUGCAUCUCUUCCCUCCUGCUGGUCAUGAUCAUCUUGACAGCAGCACCUCUGGCGGCGGCAAGGACGCAGGGGAAGAAGGUGGCGCAGUUUGACAGGGCGUUGAGGGAAGAUCGAGUGGGCUUUGUGCUGAUGGGGUGGUGCUUGUCCGUGGGCUUCCUCAUCUCUCUGACCCAGCUCAUCUCGUCACUGGUCUCCAAAGCCUGCAAGGAUCCAUCAAAAGACCCUCAUGCAACCACAUCGCUGGGGAACGACGAUGACUACCAGAAGGCUCUGGGCAGCUUCUGUGGCACAAAAAGGGCAACUACUGCUUUCCUUUUGAUGGGCUGGCUAGCAUGCGUUGGCCUCAGUGUUGUCUUCUUGCUCAACUUCAGGCAAUCGCGCAAGGCAGGGCCUCGAAUUCCGCCCUUUGUGCAUCCUGGAGGAGCUUCGGAGGGACCUUUCCACGCAGUCGAGGGAGAGGACCCUGACGAUGACGCGUACGGCAAGGGAGCGCAAGAUGAGGACUAUGCUGCCAGGUAUCGCGGCUACGAUGACCAGUACAACUACACGGCAGCAGUUCCAGGCACACCCGCUCCACCGGGCUCGUACGUGAACCCGCUGGCCGACGUGCAAGCAAAGUACGGAAUGACACAGCCUCUGGCCAUCUCGCGCCCGUCGUACGACCCGCCUCAGCCCAGUCAGCCCAAUCCAGGGCCGCCCUCAAAUCCUUUUGCAGAGGCCUUGGCCAAUGCUCAGCCGCUGAUGAGCCGGCCACCUCCGGCUCCGGCAUAUGAGCAGCAUCCAGAGCCCAUCAAUGUUUACCAAGCCUAUGGAGGGUACGAGGGAGCGGGAGACUCUGGGCACGGUGAUGUACGUGUAUACCAGCAAGAGUAUGUAGAGCAUCCAUAUCAGAAUCAGGGAGGGUAUGCAGAGCAAGGCUACUAUGCCCAGCAGCAGCAGCAGCAGUAUGCGCCUGUAGAUUACCAGCCGCAUCCGAGGCGACCCUCAUCACCCAUCUCCUCCGCUGAGCGCUCCUCCCUUGCAGACGCUGACACCUCUCACGAUGCGCUGCUAAGCGUCAAGGUACCGUCGCCAGCCAAGAAGCGCUCCUCCCCAAGCAGGAGAGACGUCAAGGUGUCUCGCGAAGAAGGGCGCGGGCGCGGGCGCGAGGGCGAGAUGGAUGGGUAUGAUGGCGCGAGGGACGCCGGCGCCGUAUUUGCCACUCCCUCGCAUCAUGCCUUUGCCGUACCCAGCAUACCACCGCCACCGCCUGCUCACACUCAUCGCAUGCCAUACGAGCCGCCACCCACGCCCAGCGGUCUCUCCCAGCUGGCCCACCUGCUUGCUCCUGCGCCUCCGCUUCCCCUCUCUACCAGCGGCGCGUCUCCAUCCACCUCUCGCAAAGCGUCGGCGCUGAGUCCGUACGACGUCGCGGGACCUGUCUCUUCCUCGGCCUCUCGUCAGCGAAGCUUUCAUCCCGCGUCUAGUCCAAGGGCACCCAGCAAGUCUCCAAGACCGAAUACCUCGCAGGGCAGACCAGUAGAAGAACGCAACUCAGCAUCCGCGUCACAGUCCGACUCUGGCUCCAACGCUGGCUCCAGAGUGGAAGCUAGCUCGCCCUUUGAUGACGAUGAGGACGACGAAGACGAGGACGAGGAUGGGGAUGAAGACCUCGUGGAGGAGGACGCGCCCAUAGAUUGGUCGGCCAUUGAUGCCAAUGCCUUCUUCCAGAAUUGGCUCCUACCGGGAGGAAUAGGGGAGCAGCAAGAAGCGCCACCUUCCCAACGGCAGGUGGAGCCUGCCAACUUUGGGACGUCCAUGCUGCCACAGCAGGUGUACACGCCCAACGGGUCUGUAGCGCCUGUGAACCACAGCCUCUAUGGUCAUCAGCAACAAUCACACCAGCAGGACCAGCAACAACAGCAACAACAGGAUCAUUCUGUCCCAGCUGCCUCGCCAAAUCUUUCAGCCGCAAUUGAGAUUUUGACAAAGGUCCUCGGUGAAGGACAAGAGGUACCUUCGCAGGUCCUUGAGAUGCUGCUACAGUCCGUCGCGCCCACACUGGGCUAUCAGCCACCCACGCCUAGUCAAGAGCCGGGCAUCGACAGUCUCGUGCCUAUUCUGAAGGAUCUCAUCAAGAAGCAGCAACAGCAGGAGCAGCAGCAGAUGCAGAAUGAGAGUGUCCAGGCGGGCAACGGCUUAUCAGACGGUGUCCAGCAGCCUUGGUCAGGAGUCAUCCCUCAACCGCGGAGGUCUGCCGCUGGACCAUCCCCAAUGCCAAACGUCUCAUACAGCUCCAUGACGCCGCAUCAUCAGCCCUUCAAUUGGAUACCCCUAGCAACCCCGGCAGACGAUGACGAAGAGGAUGACGAGGACAAGGACCCGUCGUACAAUCCCACGACUCUCACAGGCGCACUGGGAAUUCAGGAUGCCCUGCAAGAGCAGAUGAGCCAAUUCCUCAAUUCUCCCUUUGCUGUAACUCCGGCGGGACCAAGCAGCAAUCGUCCGUCGCCUCUGCCUCAAGCGGUAUCUCACCAACCUAUCCAGUCUGCUGCAGCUACGGCAUCUGUUCGCUCUUCACCUCGCAAGGCCCAAACGCUUCAGAGGAGACUCUCAACGGGAUCUGCUUCUGAGAAGCAGUCUUCUGCCACCACUGCGCGUACUGGCAUUAAUGCAGCUGGACCCGUCUCUCCCUCACCAGCCAGCGAGAGCAGACUGGGACCUCGAGCAGAAGCGAGGAAGAAGGCGUCAGAAAAUUUGCGUUUUGGAGACGAAGCAGGGCCUUCUUGGGAUGCUCGGGGAGGAGGUGCGGCAGCCGGAAGGAAGAGCAAGAAGAGGGGCAGGGCCGACACAUACGACAGCGAGGACGAGAGCAGACAAUCUGCGCGAGAUCUCUCACGUAGUCUCCCAGAAGAUGCAUCGACGCGGCGUGCUACGGCUCGACGACGUGACAAGGGUCGUCACUCGAACGCUAGCUCUAGAAGGAAUGCAGGAGGUCGCGCUGGAGACGAGCAAGACAGGCUCGAUCUCACUCCUUCACGCUCUCCUUCUCCGUCUCGCUCCUCACCCAAUGGGAGAACCGAGUCGCCUACUCCUUCGCCUGUCAAGAAGCAAUCCAACGCUGGCCGCAAGCCCAUCUUUGAUACCGAAGAGGAGCGCAAGGCCAAGCGUGCACAGCAGAAUCGUCUCUACCAGCAAGAGUACCGUGCUCGGAAAAGGGCUGAGAAAGAUGUUCAGGUGGAUCGUUCGACAAGGGCUCCUGCUGCAGCAGCAGCAGCAACGGGCAAGGGCAAGGGCAACGCGUCUGCAGCGACUUCGACUGCAGGACAGGGCAGAGGUCAAAACAACAACAGGUCCGCUCAAAAGUUCACAUCCUCAGCAGCAGGCCAAGAGGACGCCGCCCGGCUGCGCGAGGAUUACGAGGAGAUGCGCGAGGAGAAUGCAGAACUCAAGGCGGAGCAGCGUCUCUUGCGUGCGGAGAUGGAGCGGCUGCGCAGGGAGAACGUCGAGUUGCGAGUCGAGGUUGAGGUUUCGAGACGUCUCGCCAUGGGAGGAGGUGGUGGAGGAGGAGGCAGCCACAGCAGCAAGGGUAGCGCUGCGCAGGGAGGAGGGGCUAGAGUCGUCUCACGCAGUAGAGGCAACGCCGGCAGCACUGCAAGGCGGGGUAAACGUCGCUCUGACCUAGAGCAACAGGACGAAGGAGAGGAUGCUUACUCUUCAGAUCAGGAGGGCUCCGCAGCGUCUGAAGGGUUCUCGGACAGCGAGCACGAGGAUCGUGAGCCCAGCGGCGCCUUCCGGCGAAGAGGUGAUAGUCGGCCCUCAUCAAAGACUACUGAGAGAAGGGCAGGCGGCAAUAGUCACAAUGCUCGGCCGAGAGACCGCGAGCGAGAUCGCGGGUCAGGCAGGCCUCAUCCUCACUCGAGAGGAUAUCGUUGAGUGCGGCACAGCGUAGUGCUCGGCAACUCCACAAGGACGCGACAGGCGGUAUUAUGCGAUGCCUUCUGGACGCUUGCCUUUUGGUCAGUGAUUUCAUUGUACAUGUACACCUAUGCUUCUCGACCGCCUCUGUAUCAUCCACAUUAGAGACUGCUGCAUCACUCAGCAGUCGCUUCAGAUCAAUUACACAUACCCCAUUUUGCCUGAACUUCUCAAUAUAAGAUCAUUUGCUCGCGGUGCUGCUC